UGAUCCAAAACCUCUCCACUAUAAACUUCACCUCUUUGCUCCUGCUUUCAUAGACCUUACUCUCACUUUCUCUCUCUUAGUUUCCUAAUCAUGAAGCAAUAUAAUUCACUCAACUCUUUUUUCCUACUUAUACUCAAAACACUAAUACUCCUACUAAUAACACUCAUAAUCAAUGACAACAACAUCUCUAUCUCAGCCGUUGAUAUCAUCAGAUCAUCAUCAUCAUCAUCAUCAUCAUCAUCAUCAUACUUGCCACCUAAUACUAACAACAAAAAUAAGCACCAUGACCAUGACCAUGACCAUGAUGAGCAUGUGAUCAUAACAAAAAACAAGAGUUCCGCCGCCGCACGCCACCAUCAUGCGGCGGCGGAAUCUCUACCGUCAAAGUCAGAAGAGAUUCUACGGCUAGCUAUGCAGCCAAAUAUGGUUAGUUGGUUAAAAGAUGUAAGAAGAAUAAUACAUCAAAACCCUGAAUUAGCCUUUGAAGAAUUUAAUACUAGCACUUUAAUUAGACAAGAGUUAGAUCAACUUAAGAUCUCUUAUAAACAUCCUUUGGCUAAGACUGGUAUUCGUGCUAUGCUUGGCACUGGUGGACCCCCUUUUGUGGCUCUUCGUGCAGAUAUGGAUGCCUUACCUAUUCAGGAAGCUGUAGAAUGGGAGUACAAGAGCAAAAACGAUGGAAAAAUGCAUGCUUGUGGACAUGAUGCACAUGUUGCCAUGCUUCUUGGUGCCGCGAAAAUACUCAAGACUCGUGAGCAUUUUCUUAAGGGAACAGUGGUACUCAUAUUUCAACCAGCGGAGGAGAAAGGGAAUGGAGCAAAACAAAUGAUAGCAGAUGGUGCCUUGGAAAAUGUUGAAGCCAUCUUUGCAGUUCAUGUAUCUCAUCAGAAUCCUUCAGGAACCAUUUGUUCGAGAAGCGGUCCAUUGCUUGCUGGUUGUGGUUUUUUUAAGGCUGUGAUUAGUGCUAAUCGUGUCACCGGUGAGAGUCAUCAGCUUCGUCGUGCUGAUACUGUCUUGGCUGCAUCAGCUGCAGUGAUCAGCUUGCAGGGCAUUGUUUCUCGGGAAGCAAAUCCUUUGGACUCUCAGGUAGUCUCAGUAACUUUGGUGGAUGGAGGGAACCAACUUGGUAAUUUGCCUGAAGAUGUUGUCAUUGCUGGUACUUUCCGCGCUUUCUCUGACAUGAAUAAACUCCAACACAGAAUAGAAGAGGUGAUUAAAGAGCAAGUGAGAGUGUUCAGAUGCACGGCAACAAUAGACUUUUUCGAGAAAGAAUAUGCGAUCUACCCUCCAACAAUAAACGAUGAGCGUAUGCAUGAGCAUGUGAAAAAUGUGGCAACAGACUUGCUAGGACCAGAGAAAUUUAGAAUUGUGGAUCCAAUAAUGGGAGCAGAGGAUUUCUCAUUCUACUCCAAGGAGAUUCCUGCUGCAUUUUAUUACAUCGGAAUUAGGAACGAGGAAUUAGGAUCCAUACAUUCAGGACAUUCCCCACAUUUCUUCAUCGAUGAAGAUGUUCUUCCUAUUGGUGCUGCAACACACGCCGCCAUUGCUGAAAGAUACUUGAAUGAACAUGUAUGAUGUAGAGUAGUAGAGCACCAUUUUCUUCCCAAGACAUAUAGUACAUAAAUUGUUUGGGAUCUUAGGUGCUAGAUGUAGCUUGUCAUUUUUUUGGAGCAUAACCCUCUUUUAGCUAAUUUUUUUUGUCUUCAAGAAGGCCUUCUCCUCAUCUACUGGAGGUAUUUUGGCACAAAAUUGGAGUUGUCUUUGGUAAUGUAGGGUUAUCCAGUUGUCUUUGGUAAUGUAGGGUUAUGUGUAGCAGUCUUGUAAUAUUAUUGAUAUUAUUAUUUUUAUUAUUAAC